AUGGAGGAACAAGCUGUACCGGCCCAAGACACUAUCUUGCAAGCCAUUGCGGCAAUGCGACAAGACAUGGCCACUCAACUAGGCUGUAUGGAGGAGAGGGUUGGACGGUUGGAGGUACCGAGGCGAGAGGCCGCAAGGCCAAUUCAAGUGCCACCACCACAACCACAACAAGGCCAAGGAGAUGAGAACAUGGCUGAAGAGGAAGGAGAUGCGAACAACAAUCAAAGGAAACAAGACCCUCCUGACUUAAGAGCACACCAACGGCUCCGAGACCCUGUCAACCGCGGCCGAAUCAGAGACGACGAAGGUAAUAGACAGGGAAACAUGGAUAUCAAGCUAACGGCUCCUACUUGUGCAGGAAAGGUGGACCCCGAUGCUUACCUUGAAUGGGAAAGACGCAUGGAAUACAUCUUUGAGUACUACGGUUAUAAUGGGGGAUUGGAAGGUGGUAAUGCUAAGAACGCACGAUAUGCUCCUACCAGUGUAACCGAUAUUGACAACUUGGAGGGAAUUCGUAAUGCACAGCAGAGAAGAAUGCAUAUCAUGCGUGAGAGGAGAAAAAGAGAAGAAGCUAUUGAUCUUUUGGCUACUUCUAUCAACACCGAAGAGUUUGCUUGCUUUAUUGCUACUGAUUCUGAGUCCGAUAGGGAUAAUGAUGAAGACUCUAUGUCGGAAAGUGAGUAUAUGGAAAAAUCGAAGCCUGGUAAUAAAAAGAAAGGAAGACCCAAAAAAUGUGCUAAAUCCUCUGAUUUUUGUGAUGAGGAUGCAACCGAGACCGUUGUUACUAGAACAGAUUUAUUAGAAUCAGUUAGUCCUGGUCUGAAAGAUGGAGAUAAACAUAACAAACAUGUGGAUGCAUUACGAAACGUUCGAGAAAGGUUUGAUCCUAACGAUGAUACAAGCCGGUUAAGGAUAAUUUUAAAGUGUGACAGGAAAAGUGAUGGAAGGACUGAGAAUCUACCAGCUAAUAAUGAAGUUGCUGCAUUGAUACCUAAUGAUUUCGAUGGUCAGGUAGAUGCACGUGAUAUCAUCAUCGAGUGUAAAAAGACUUGGAAUCUCAAAAGGAUCAGUGAACUACAUCCAUUAUUGUUUCCCUAUGGCGAGGACGGGUUCAGACUUGGUAUCGAUAUUGGUUUUGUAGAUACCCAAGGGAGGAAAAGGUUGCAUAUUAGUAUGAGAGAGUUUUUUGCUUACCGCAUACAAGAGAGGGUUGGCGAGUCACCAAUCAUCCCUUUAUCUGGAAGAUUGUUCCAGCAGUUCUUAGUGGAUGCGUACACGAUGAUUGAGACUAAUAGACUACGUUUCAUAUCAAUGAAUCAGUCUAAACUUCGUUGCAAAAAUUAUGACAAGAUAAAGAAAACUGUUGAUGAAGGUGACACUGAUCUUUCUGACAAGGGUAAACGUAUUAUUAUACCUUCUUCUUAUAUUGGUGGUACAAGGUAUAUGGUGCAACAUUAUCUAGAUGCGAUGACUACUUGCCAGCAUUUUGGUUUUCCGGAUCUUUUCAUAACCUUUACGUGUAAUCCCAAAUGGCCUGAGAUUACCAGGCACCUAAAAAGGCAUAACUUGAAGCAAGAUGAUAGGCCAGAUAUAUGUACGCGAGUGUUCAAGAUGAAACUAGAUGAUCUCAUGCACAGACUCACCAAAGAAAAUGUGUUAGGUGUCGUAAAAGCCGAGGCUGGUCACAAGCUACCAACUGGUGAUGACAUUGAUAAGAUAAUAUGUGCUGAGAUUCCUGACAAGGAUAUUGAUCCAGCGCUGUAUGAGAUAGUAGGAGAUGUCAUGAUGCAUGGACCAUGUGGUGCUUUGAAUAAGGAUAGUGUUUGCAUGGCUGAAGGAAAAUGUACAAAGUAUUUUCCAAAACCUUACAGUCCGAUCACUAAAAUAGAUGAUGUUGGAUAUCCUAUAUACAGGCGACGUAAUGACAAGAAAGUUAUCGUUAAAAAGGGUAUUGAAUGUGAUAAUGGAUUUGUGGUUCCUUGUAAUAGGAGCCUCACACUGCUUUAUAGGGCUCAUAUCAACGUCGAAUGGUGUGUACAAUCUCGAUCAGUAAAGUAUCUAUUCACAUAUAUUCAUAAAGGUGCUGACUACAUUCGUGCAACUAUCAAGAAUGAUGAUAAAGAAAACGAGAUUAAGAAACACUUCAACUGUAGGUAUGUAGCACCUUCGGAGUCUAUGUGGAGAAUUUUUGGUAAUCACACUCACCAUCGCACGGUUUCAGUAGUUAAACUACCCUUUCAUUUACCGAACCAGCAAAUGGUCAUAUACAACGAGGAUGAUCCAGGUGAUGAGGUUAUUAAUCGUGUCUCAGUUGGUACGUCAAAAUUCAUUGCUUGGAUGGAGUGCAACGAUAAGUAUGAACUGGCGAGGACGUUAACUUAUGCGCAACUUCCUACGAGAUUUGUGUGGAAUAACCCAAACAGGAUAUGGACGCCACGAUCAAGGAGAGUUGCUCUUGGUAGAAUCACAUAUGUACCCAUUGGGGCAUGUGAAGCGUAUUAUUUAAGGCUUCUGCUUAAUUUAGUCAAAGGACCACGUAGUUUUGAUGAUAUAAAAACGGUCAACAAAGUUCUACAUUCUUCGUUCAAAGACGCUUGCUAUGCGUAUGGAUUAUUGAAUGAUGACAAAGAAUAUAUUGAGGCCAUCAAUGAGGGCAGAUUGUGGCUUUCUGUCAAUUAUCUCCGUCUUCUUUUUGUGAUCCUGCUCACUACUCAAAGUAUAUCCAUUCCUUCUAGAGUUUGGGAUGCUACAUGGCAGGUAUUAUCAGAUGACAUCAUAUAUAAUUACAGAAAGGCUGCCAGGGAUCAAACUGUUAGUCUAUCUCAGGAGCAAGUUAAAGACUUUACUCUGGUCGAAAUAGAACUUCUUUUACGUGUAAGUGGGAGAUCCUUAAAAGAAUUCACACAUAUGCCGUUUCCUGAAGAUAUUAUUCUGGAGUCACGUGAUAAUCCUCUUAUUCGGGAUGAGAGGAAUUACAAUCGCGAAAAUUUUAGAGUAAGAAACGAGCAGAUUUUAGCCACUGUAACCAGCGAACAGAGAAGUGUUUAUGAUGAGAUACUAGAAGCAGUAAAUAAGAACAAAGGAGGUAUGUUCUUUGUUUAUGGUUCUGGAGGUACUGGUAAAACUUAUUUGUGGAGUCUAUUAGGAUCUGCUCUAUGUUCCCAAGGUGAUGUUGUUCUUAAGGAGUUGAAUCUUGCCGACCUGAUAAGGAUUGCUGAACUCAUUAUAUGGGACGAGGCGUUGAUGAUGAGUAAAGACUGUUUUGAGACUCUAGAUAGAACGAUGCGUAAUAUAUUAGAAGUUGAUAAGCCCUUUGGUGACAAGGUAAUUGUUUUAGGAGGGGAUUUUAGGCAAAUAUUGCCAGUGAUUCCAAAUGCCGGGAAGACAGAGAUACUUAUGGCCACUUUGAAUUCGUCACCUCUAUGUGGUGAAGCCGUGAUUGAUAUUCCUGAUGAUCUGUUGAUUAAAGACUGUAAAGAUCCUAUAAAAACGAUCGUCAAAGAAAUUUAUGGGAGUUCGUUUUCGAAAGAGACUGAUCCUAAAUUUUUCCAAGACCGUGUCAUACUGAGUCCAAGAAACGAUGAUGUAGAUACGAUAAAUGAUUACAUGCUUUCAAAGUUGUCAGGUGUUGAAAGGACCUAUCUUAGUUGUGAUAGCAUUGAUACGACUGAAGAAGUUGUCAAUUACAAUGAUGCAUCUGAAGUACCCUCAGAGAGUGUAGCCAGUAAGAAUAAAGGUGUUUCCAACAAUAUGAUUUAUACCGAGGAGUUUUUAAAUAGUAUCAAGAUGUCUGGUUUCCCUAAUCAUGUCCUGAAGUUGAGAGAGGGUACUCCUGUAAUGCUUCUAAGAAAUAUCGACCCUAAGAAUAGGUUGUGUAAUGGCACAAGACUCAUCAUUACUAAGAUGGCUAAUUAUGUUCUCUAGGCUCAGAUAAUAACAGGUAGCAAGGUUGGUGAAAAAGUACUGAUUCCUAGGAUAUUCCUCUCUCCUUCGGAGAUGAAACUUCCUUUCAGGAUGAGACGUAAGCAGUUUCCUAUCACAUUAGCUUUUGCAAUGACUAUAAACAAAAGCCAAGGACAGACACUCGAAAAGCUUGGUUUGUAUCUUCCAAGACCGGUUUUUACUCAUGGGCAACUCUAUGUCGCUGUAUCGAGGGUUACAUCCAGAGAAGGUUUGAAGAUAUUGAUCACCGAUAAAGACAACAAACCACAAAACAAAACAUUGAAUGUCGUCUACAAGGAGGUUUUUGACAAGAUAUGA